UUAUAACUACAUUGGUUGCUUAACUUUAUCAUUUUCUACAGGGUCUCUCUCUCUUAGCUCAUUUUGGUUUGAUUUCUGCCUUCUGUUUAGCCUCUCUGUUUGUCCGCCUCAGUACGUCAAUGUUUUAUCAUUUGAGAUAAACUCUCUGUUUCCCUUCAUAUGAAGGUGAUGUCUGUGGAGUGAUCUAUGUGGAGACUGUGGGAAAUAUACAUGUAGCAGUAUUUCAAUAAGUGUCAGUCAGUCAAUAAGCAAAAGAAUAUUUAAACUAAAACACAUUAAAAGAAGUGUUUUGCUUGUAACUGCAUACGUGUCUGCACAGGGGCGGUUAGAACAGGAUGUACUCAGGAUGUGGCGUACACGAUCACGGGCCUCAUAACGAACAACAGGAGACAGCUGGGGGUGAAAGGGUCUCGAAACAGCAUUCUAAGUGUUGUAAAAAUGAGAUGCAGCUAACUGUCGCUGAUGCAUGAUAUGUAACUUGCUCAUGAAUCUUGGGCGUGUACAACCCUUUAAAUAAAGACGUUCUCGUCCUUCCUCUUUGAGAUCUACUGAACUACACUGAGGGUGGUAUCGUGUACGUCUCCCACAUAUGUGCUUAAUACAUAAUUGUUGUUGACUGGACCUGAUGAGAAAGAAGUGAAAGCAGGCCGAAAACUCAGCACAUGGAUGAUAUCAACCAAAAACAUCCAGCACCAGCAAGUAAAGAUGAGCCAGCGGCGAUCCCUGUGGAAAAGACUUUUCCCGCUAUGAAGCAGCCCAGAAGACGCAAGCGCGCCAACAGGGAGGACAGAAGCUUGAGCUGUGAUCAGUGUGGGAAGACCUUUACUCAGAUUUGUAACUUGAAAUCACAUCAGCUGAUCCACGCCGGUGUGAAACCAUUCAGCUGUGAUCAGUGUGGGAAGACCUUUACUCAGAAAUAUCAUUUAAAGGUACAUCAGCUGAUCCACAGCGGUGUGAAACCAUUCAGCUGUGGUGAGUGCGGAAAGUCUUUUAUUCAGAGUCACCGCUUAAAAGCACAUCAGCUCGUCCACAGUGAAGUUAAACCAUUCAGCUGUGAUCAGUGUGGAAAGACCUUUACUCAGAGAUGCAGCUUGAAAACACAUCAGCUGAUCCACACCGGUGUGAAACCAUUCAGCUGCGAUCAGUGUGGAAAGUCUUUUACUCGGAUUUGUAAAUUGAAAUCACAUCAGCUGAUCCACACAGGUGUGAAACCAUUCAGCUGUGAUCAAUGUGGAAAGACCUUUACUCAGAGAUGGAACUUAAAAACACAUCAGGUCGUCCACAGUGAAGUUAAACCUUUUAGCUGUGAUCAAUGUGGAAAGACCUUUGCUCUGAGAUGGAGCUUAAAAUUACAUCAGGUCGUCCACACGAAAUUUAAAGCUUUCAACUGUGAUCAGUGUGGAAAGUCUUUUACACGGAAAGGUCACUUAAAGAGACAUCAUAUGAUCCAUGUUGGAGGUAAAUCAUUUGUCUGUGAUCAGUGUGGAAAGUCUUUUCAGGAUAGAGAUCACUUAGAGAAACAUCAGGGCGUCCACAGUGAAGUUAAACCUUUUACCUGUGAUCAGUGUGGAAAUUCUUUUAGUGGGAUUGAUAGGUUAAAAAUGCAUCAGCUCAUCCACAGUGGAGAGAAACCUUUCAGCUGUGAUCUUUGUGGAAAGUCUUUUACUCAGAAGUGCAACUUAAAAUCACAUCAGCUCAUCCACAGUGGAGAGAAAUCUUUCAGCUGCGAUCAGUGUGGAAACUCUUUUGCUUACGUUAGUCACUUAAAAAGACAUCAGCUCAUCCACAGUGGUGCUAAACAAUUUGUAUGUGGUGACUGUGGAAAGGCCUUUACUCAAAAGACUGGCUUAAACUCACAUCAGCUCAUCCACUCUAGAGUUAAAUUAUUUGUAUGUGGUGACUGUGGAAAGGCUUUUAUUGAGAUUGAAAGGUUAAAAUCACAUCAGCUCACCCACUCUGGAGUUAAAACAUUUGUGUGUGGUCAGUGUGGAAGGUCUUUCAUCCAUAACAAACGUCUAUUGAGGCAUCAAAAGACCCACAAAGUGUCCUCCUGUGAGAAAAGUGGCAGACCAAUGGGACAUUACCCUGACAGGGUUCAUUUGAACACAGUGGGAGAAACAGGGGAUCUGAACAAAAGUUCUUCUGGAUGCUGCGUCAAACUUAAAAAGCUUGAGAUCAGGCUUCACAGAAUUCAGCUUUAAUUUCCUGAGAAAGUCAGAGCUUCACUAUGUCUUUGUAGAUCUAGUGAAACCAUGAAAGGGUGCAAAAAGAGGCACUGUGGUACUGCAUGAUGAAGUCAGAAGUGACAGAGAGGUAUGUGAGCGUGGUUCAGGACAUGUAUGUGUGGUAGCAGUGACUACCGCACAUACUUGGGUUGAAGGUGGGGGGAGGAUUACAUCAAUUCUGAGCCCCUUCUUUCUUUUUCAAAGCGAGGGCAAUACUCAGGAAAGGAUGAUGACAAUAGAGCUGCAAGACAGGAUGGAAAGAAAAAGAGUUUAAGAGAAGAUCAUGAAUAUUGUGAAGCAAUUGAGCCGCGAUCACAAAAUCUUAGCUUAUGGAGUUAGUUAUCCCAAUACAAGUUUAGCAAGUUAAACUUCACUGGCUGUGUCCACAAACAGCAUACAGAGCAAACAUUACUCCAUCAUCUGAUCACAAGAAAAGCAAAAUGUCAGAAGAGUUCACCUUCUGGGUCAAACUGUCAGACCUGUUACUGUUUAUUUGGCUGUUCAUCGUGAGGUAAUUAUCAGUGUCAGUGCUGUGCCACUUCUAUUGUAACUCACAUGAAAUGUGUUUUAAAUUGGCUCUAUUGUCUUACAAUGUUGUGUGAGUCUGUUUUGCUCAACAAAGACACAACCCCUCCUGCAAUUUUUAAUGUUACAGCAAAAAAGGUAAAUUGAUAAAUUUGUGUUAUUUUUAAACAGGCAGUAUUUAGAAAAUUAAAUAUAUUCUUACCCAUGUGUAAAGUUUUCAGUGGUCUGUGUUUUCUUACAGGAUGUGAGUGUGUUUUGCUCCAUGAAGAGACAAACCUACAUUUUUUCUACAUUGCAGUAAAAAUACUUUUAUUUUAAGUCAUAAAUUUCAGUCAUUUUCAUCCAGGCAGUAUGUUAAAGAUUAACUGAAUCCUAUGAAAAAUAAAAUGUAUAAAGAUGUGAUGUAUCUUUCCGUGUUUUUCUGAAUAUUUACACACUGCUUAAAAUUAAUUGCAGUAUAAUUAUUUAUUUAUUUCUUCCUCUGUAAGAAACUGACUUGCUGUCCCUUUGUUCUCGUGUACCUAAGUAAUUGUGGGUUAUAUCUUUUUUUUUCUCUCCUUUCUUUCUUCUUCUUUUCUUCUUUAGUGAGACGAGCGAUGGCCAAGAACUCUCCUUUUUGUUUUUUUGUUUUUUUUAAUAGCUUGUUUAAUCGUUACUUCUUUGGUUUGGUGUGAUGGCUAUGACUGAUGUCUGUCUGCAAAAAGGUUGUAAAACUGACAGUGAUAAAGAUGUUAAUGAAAACCUUUAAAACAAAAACAAUUGUUUUCCAGUAGUCAGAUAAAUAAAUGAAACAACAAUAAAACUGUGUUCAUCAAACCAGUGAAUCUGA